AUGUCCACUGAAUUGACUGUUCAAGCUGAAAGAGCUUUCCAAAAGCAACCACACAUCUUCACCAACCCAAAGGCUAAGGCCAACAGAAGAACCAAGAGAUGGUACAAGAACGUGGGUUUGGGCUUCAAAACCCCAAAGACUGCUAUUGAAGGUUCUUACAUUGACAAAAAGUGUCCAUUCACUGGUUUGGUUUCCAUCCGUGGUAAGAUCUUAACUGGUACUGUUGUUUCCACCAAGAUGCACCGUACCAUCAUCAUCAGAAGAGACUACUUGCACUACGUUCCAAAGUACAACAGAUACGAGAAGAGACACAAGAACGUUCCAGUUCAUGUUUCUCCAGCUUUCCGUGUUAAGCUAGGUGACAUUGUUACUGUCGGUCAAUGUAGACCAAUUUCCAAGACUGUUAGAUUCAACGUUUUGAAGGUUGCCUCCGCUGCUGGUAAGGCCAACAAACAAUUCACCAAAUUCUAA